AUGGACGACCGCGCCUCAUCACCCAUUCACUCCCACAAAGACAACGACUCAUUACACUCCUCAUCCAACAGCUCCGAAGGGAAGACCUCACUCCCUCACUUCGACAGACUCUCUGCAGCUGGCAAGGUCGAACCCUUAGUCUCCGCAACGAGUAGUAACAUCUUCGACGCCGAGACUACAGUAGGCAGGACAGCCACUGCCGGCAGUGCUUCGCAAUCAUUACAGAGUAUCAUUCGCAAGUCCAGCAACAACACCCUCGCCAGUUCGCCCACCAAACACUCAGAACUCGACCUAAAAGUUGCACUCGUCUCCGACGAUAGUACCUCGGUCUCCUCACACUCUCACAUGCCCGCCGCAUUUGUUGGCACAGCCCUCGAGGCCCACUCUUUCACACCCUCAGCAUCAGGUUCAGCCGCAACACCAAUAACAACUACGGAGACAUCCCAGCCAGACACAUCAGUUCGCCCCAUAGCUUCCGUCUCUUCAGUACAACCAGCCUCUUUAACACCAACUGCAAUACAGGGAUCUUCCCCUCCAAUAGCUAUACCUGACACGAUCGAACGUGCUGCUACAACUGGCAGCGAUGCCUCGAGCGACAAACGAUCGUCUGUGAGUGUUUUUACCACGUGGUGGUCAGGUGGCAGCUCCGCGACUGUCAACGCAACCAAUCCUGGCUCUAACUCAACCCACGAGAAUUCAUAUACCCAGCCGCACGGACUUACCUUACGGACGUCCAUGCUCAACAUGACAUCAACAGCAUCCUCCCCAACGUCGUCUACAGAAUCCGCACCAGAAUCAGCCAACACCUCUUACUCCAAACCGGACACCUCUGAUAGUAUGGACUGGGUACCUUCAGGACCUGAGACGGCCAUCCUCCAGAAAACACGUGGGCUAGUUGGUCGCGACAGCUCCUCCCUCCCUUCCUCUCUCCCAUCAUCCGCCACAUUUCCUUCUUCCAUGAUCAAGCACACCCGACCUUCCGCUUCUGUCAGCGAACGCAGAGAAUCGACUUCUUCAACGCAGGGGCUUCUCACAUCUACUCUCUGGAGCAGGCUCGUGACUAGCCAGGAUACUCUUGCCAAAGUGACACCGGUGGGGCACGUCCCUUCUGCCACAGCGUCUGAUGAGUCCAAUGCAAUGGAUGUGGAUGAAGGCCAGGUCCAGAAUGCGGGACUCGAGAUUUCACCAACACAUGCCAAGGGUGCAGACGGCACAGCCAAGACAGCAGAUCCUACACCUAAACCAACUUCCGCUGUUUCCAAGCUCGCAGACAGCCAAACCAGCUCUUCGAAAAAGCGGUGGUCGAUUUUCGGAUAUGGCGCAAAGGAUGACACCGAGGCAGGGCCUACAAAGCUGCGGAAGAGUGGCGACGUCUUGAUCGAGCCAGAAUCCCGACCUUCAAGCAUCAACGAAGUAACACCAGCAAUACCGACAUCAUCUUCGACCUCGGCUCUUGCUUCUGCCGUUCCUUCCACCAAGGCUACUGCUGCCAAUGUGCCAGUCACAGCAACGUCAUCGGCUACACCGACUACCUCGAUCAGGCCCCAGGCCCAAGUGACGGACCAGAUUGCAGAUCCUUCGGAGGAAACUGGACCAAUAGCACCAGCGUUGGUCGGAACGUCCCAGCUGAACGUGGUUGUCCCUCCAGGAAACGCUGUGAUCAAGAGCAAGAACGAUACUACCACCAACCCCGACACCAAUGGAACCGUGUCAAGCAGUUACAGCUGGCUCUCGAUCAUACCUGGCCUCGGAAACAAGACAGAGGAGGCGAACAAGACCAGGGAAGACAUGGUGAUCUCACAUCAAAUAACCGACUAUCAGGAAGGCAAACGUAAGGAUGUUGAUGGAACCACUAUCAACUUUGGAGAGAAACAGUCUGGCCGGACAUUUGCACAGCUGGCAGAGGCGAAGAACGCCAAUGAGAGCGGGCUUGUUCCUAAGGAAGAUCGCAAGGACGGUUCCAAGGACAGGCAGACGUUUUCACAGCUCAAGGAAAGCGAGAACAAGGAGAAUGGAAUCGCCAAGGAGGCAGGAAUGGCUGCUGCUUCUCUCUCCAAGGUCGUCCUCCGGAAGAAAAAUGUCGUUCUGCCCGACUACUACGAGCAAUAUUCGGAUGUACACCACAGUCUGAUCGCGCUGCCACCGAAUCUCCCGCAUCAAGGGCCUCAUCGUACUCGCUCCGCAUCGGUCAUGAAGAGCGCCGUCAAUGUCCUCAGCAACCUGUUGUUCUCCAACCCUUCGCCUCAAGUUCCAACCUCACCGCAGAUGGAGCAACAGGGUACGAGUGGAAUCAGGAAGGUCGUGAUCAUUGGUGUCCAUGGUUGGUUCCCUGUCAAGCUGAUCCGAACGGUCAUUGGAGAGCCUACAGGAACGAGCAAGAAGUUUUGCGAUGAGAUGCACCUGGCGCUCAAGGACUACCUCAAGGUGCACAAAGUGGAACUGGAGCCGGAGGAUUGCGCGCUGAUUCCGUUGGAGGGUGAGGGCAAGGUUCUGAACAGGGUCGAGAUUCUGUACCAAAACCUUGUCAAGAACGAGAAGUGGAAGACUGCCCUUCAUGAGGCGGACUUGGUCUUGGUCGCCACGCAUUCACAAGGAACACCAACCAGUACUAUGCUUGUCGCCAGGUUGAUUGAGGAGGGGAUGCUUCGAAUUGCAGCGGAAGAUCCAAAGAUGCAGCGAAUCGGUAUUUUGGCGAUGGCCGGAAUCUCUCACGGACCCUUCCCCUUCUUGAAGGGCAACUUGAUCGUGCGAUGGUUUGAAGCCGAGGCCGCUCAAGAACUGUUCGAGUUCAUGGACUCUGAGACCGAGAUUGCCAAAAAGUACCGUGAGGCUCUACGGAUCGUACUGACGUCAGGGGUCCGGUUCACCUGUGUUGCAUCUUUGGAGGAUCAAGUCGUCCCUCUGUACUCGGCGGUCAUGACAUCGAUUCAUCAUCCCUCUAUAGUGCGAGCUGUCUACAUUGACGGAGCGACGUACCAGGACGACUUUUUGACCAAUUUGAUCUCGUUCUCGCUACGACUCCGGAAUUCAGGUAUGGAUGACCAUGGUGUGCUUGUGCACUUAAGCGAAGUCAUUGCAGGAUCAUUCUACGGUGAAGGGCACUCUGCUGUCUACGAGGAGCGCGAAGUGUACCUACUGGCCAUUCGCUCACUGCUCGAGCCACCAAAGAGUCUGACACCAGAGACGGCUCGCAGCGAACCGAUCCUUCACCCCUUCCGAGCCAAGCAGACACUCAACCCAUUCUACCUCCCUUGGGGCAUGCGCGGUGUCAUGGACGAGAUCGAGGCGCGAGGUGACGAAGAGCUCAACGAAGAGAUGGAUCGACUGAAGAAGCUGUACGACGAGUGGAACCCAGUUUCGAAGGGUAUGAAGGAGAUCAAGUUUAGACUGGAACCCGUUCGCUCGAGACUUUAG